GCAUCACCACCGGGAUGAGCGCGGCCGAGGGCCGGCCCCGGUGCCGCUGGGGCGGCGGCGGCGGCGGCGGCGAGGCGGUGCUCCGUGCCCGUGCUGAGGCCGCCGGUUACCGGAGGCUGCUGCGAGCCCGAGCCGCCGAGGUGGAGGCGUUGCGGGGCGCGGUGGGCGCGUUACACCGGCAGCUGGAGGGGCUGCGGGACCGGCGGAGCGGGGAGCUGGCCAAGUACCAGGAGCGGGUGGCGGAGCUGGAGCGGGAGAUCGGGGCGGCGGAGGCGGAGAUGGCCCGGUGCCUGCGGGAGUACCCGGCACUGCUGCGGCUGCGGAUGGCGCUGGAGGCGGAGAUCGCCGCGUACCGGUACGCGAGGGGGGCGCGGGGAGCACGGGGGGCGAGGGGCUUAGCCCGGCUCUUCUUUUCCAGGGAGAUGCUGGAGAGCGAGGAGCUCCGCCUGGGCGGCUUGGUCCCGCCGUGACCGGACCCCCGGAGCCCCGGUGCCACCACCGGACCCCGGCCCUGCCGUUACCACUGGACCCACGGUCCCGGGAGCGGAUCCUCAGCCCCACCACCGGAGCCCGGUUCCUCCGCCGGACCCCAGACCCCCGAGUCCUGCGGCCCGGGUCACGAUUCCCCGGGACCCUCUGGAUCUCUCUGGACUCACGGAGCCCCGGUCCUUCUGCCCCCCCGUUCCACGGGUCUCCCGGACUUGUGCGUGCCCGCCGGCCCCGGGAUCCCGGGAGGGCAGCGCCGGGGGGGACACACACUCACCAGCCUCUCCGGGGUGGGGGUCCCGGCCCAGACCCGUGUGGAAGCACCUCAAUAAAGCCCCGUGGCAUCACCCGGA